CGGAAGCCAACUUCACUGACGUCCAGAAUGCAGCCAUGUCUAAAGGUCUAACUAACGACCUGUAGUUUAUUUUACUUAAAAAUAUAAAUAUCCAUGGCAACGGUGUAAGAAAUGGGAAUGUUAUUACUACGACGGUGGAUUUCACCUUAAGGUGAGGUGACACCAUGAUCCUGAUUCUCUGCACCAGCUGAAAACUGAAGUGUUUGACAACAAAACUGCUGUCACUAUGGGGACAACAACAAGCGAGCCAUGUAUCUACGACAAACUGUCUGAGAGCAUCGACAUCCUCCGCCAAUCGGGUUACCGCUAUGGCAUGUCAGAGAGAGAAAUUGAGAGAUUCAUCAAGCAGGUCCUAGAGACCAAUGAGCCAAGAAGAGAGCCUCCACAAUUUCCCAUUCUAAGAGCCACCAUUAAGUUUCUGGUUGCUGUGGGCUUCCUGCUGGUGGUGGUGCUGGCCUUCAACUUCCCGCAGAGCUCCCCCCAGUUGGGACUGGUAAAUGUGGGCUGUUGCAACCGGUCGUCCCCCCUUAGCCAUAUCCGCCUGCUCUCUCUUCCUAUUGCCAAGAAGUACAACCUGCAAGGUUUUCAUGAGUGGUGGAGUGCUGGUUCUCUCCGGCAGAGUCUGGUUAACUGUUCAGGAUGCGCAGAAAUCUCCUCAGUGCUGGAAGUCCCAGAAAGCCUCAGGGGAACUGUGACUCUGCGACGGGGACCUCAGCUGGUCCUGCUGAAGGGCGGGGAGUCUCUCAGUAUCCAGCGGCAGCAGCUGGAGGCGCUCUACUUAGCCCAUUCAGGCUCCAUGUCAAUUCUGCUGGAGGAGGACAGUGGUCUCCAUAGCGGCCUCCCUCAGGGACCUGCCAACUUCACCCUCCUCUGGAGGUUCAGUUCUGGAACCAGAGAAAAAGUGUUGAGAUGGCUCUUCCCAAAGGCUGAGCUCUGCCCCCUGCUGGACAGCGCUGGGACCAUCCUCCAGCGAUGCCUGGUCAUCCACAGCACAAACUCUCAAAGCAAGGGUGUCAGGGUCCUGGGUUGGCUGGUGGUGGGGGAGGGGCUGCCAACAGUGCGAGUUGUGCCUGUUCAGCGAUGCCAGAAACACUGCAGCUCCUUCAACCUUUGGCUGUCACCUGGAGACAUGGUGUAUGCGGACCCCCGGUACUGGGAGAUGGAGUUGUUCCCCGGACGUGGCCAGAACAUCAUUUGUGACGGCACGACCUUUUAGCCUUCAGAUGGGCAGAGUUCAGGACUUGGGUGUAACACACAAAGCACCUUUGAAUGUUUGGACUUGUUGGCCUGUGUGUGCCCAUUUUCUGCCCAUUGUUGCCUUUUAACACCCACAAUAUUUUGUUUAUAGCACCUUUUUGGUCUGAUAUGCCUCUGAGAACUGAAACCAACUAACUGCACACAAGGAGAUCAGGUAGGGGAGAAAAAAUAAGCUCCUGCAAGAUUUUCUUAAGAGUUCAGGUCAGAGGAAUAAGGAGACUUAUUCUUUAGCUGAACUGUUGAAAAUUCAUCUGUGCUCGUGCCACAGCUUCUAGCUGAUUUCUAGCAAUUAAGAGAAAAAAAAUCUCUAAAAUUACUGGAGGUGUCACUGAUUAAAAAGGUAAUAACACUGGUCCUAGACCCGGGAAUCACUGCCACUAUUUGCAUCCUGUUCAGUGACUUGAAACAAUUUUUGUUGCAGUCAGAUCCACUUCAGUGGAAGAAUAAAAUUAAGUGAAAUUAAGAAUGAGUACAUGAGGUUGUUUUGUUUUUUAUAUGCCACCACUGGAAAAUGUUUUUUAACGUGUAGACUGACCAUUAUUAUGCAGACACUGAAAUCAGCCAAGCUCAUCUUGUGAUAAUUACAUCUACAAUUUAUCUGGGUGAUUAAUUUGGUCCUAAUCAUUUGCAAUAUUGUGCAAAAAAAAUUAGCUUUAAGCAGUCCUGCCAGUCAAGCUCCAACAACCUAUUUUCCUAAUUGUGAUGUGAUGUUUCUGCCUGAAUAAAAACGUAAUCAUC